UUUAUUAAUUAAAAAUACUUUCAGAACAUACUGUAACUCCCCCUACACAUAAUUUUUAUCGGGCAUGCGACAUAGAAAUUGUUUUAUCAAAUAUUUCUUUAUGACUUAUCUUUACAUUUGAAAUAUUAUUUAACAGAAUUCUCGGAAAGAUUAUUUAUCAAUUUGAUAAAACAGGACUAAAGGUGUUAUUCUUGCAACUAUAAAAACGUUAUACAAUGUCUGUAAAUCAGCCUCCAUGUUAUGAAGAUGCUUUAGCAGCUGGACCAUCAAAGUGUAUGCCGUACAUCAAUAAAGGUUUUGAGAGAGAUCAUGAUAAUACACUACCUCCUACAGCUCCAUCUAUGACAUACAUGGAAGAACCCCAGAUGGUGCUUCCAGAAUUUCACGGUCUAUCUAAUGAGGGAAUAAGAAAUGCAUGUUAUGAAUAUGUGGAUGAUACUUGUUGUUAUGGAACACGAGCAAUAAGAGACAUGAUUUUUCAAAACAUCACAAGCUCCUGUUCUUUACACUAUAAAUUAGAAUCAUUUACAGAGAAAAGGCAGUCGGCUAGCAGAGAAACACCAUAUCACGGGCAAGAUAUUGAUGGUCCAGAGAAUGGCCCGCCACCAGCUAUUUGGAACAUAAGGGUCAGCACUCCCACGAAGUUCGAAGACGGAAGGAGAUAUGUUGAAAUUCCUCAUACAGCUUAUGUUAAAACUUGUUGGAAUUGCAGUGGAAGGGGUGAAGUCACUUGUUCUUCCUGUGGAGGGUCUGGAUCGAGUUCGUGCAGCUCUUGUAGUGGCAGUGGGCGAGAUAGUGAGGACAAUUCAUGCUCAAGUUGUGGUGGUUCAGGAAGUAGCUCUUGCAUUUGGUGCAGUGGAAGUGGAAAAGUAACAUGCAGCACCUGUGAUGGUCACGGUAAACUCAAACAUUAUGAAGAGCUUAUUGUUACAUGGAAAAAUAACAUUGACAAUUUUGUGGCCAAUCCCAUGAAUAUACCCGAAAAGCUACUUAUCAAAGCUGCUGGUAGAAUAAUUUUUAUUGAGGAGAAUCCAGUGGUUUCACCCUUGACGCAUUCACCGGAUGUAUUACUAAACGAGCAGUCUUUUUGCCUAAUAAAUAAGCACAGAAGAGAUUUCUCAAAUCAACUCAUUCUUAUGCAAAGACAAACUCUUUGUGCUAUUCCUAUUACAAAGGUGGACUAUGCUUGGAAAAGAAAAGUUGGGGAGUUCUAUGUCUACAGUUUUGAGAAUGAAGUCUAUUUUGAAAAAUACCCUCAAAAAUGCUGCUGUUGUAUUUGCUGCUAGUAAAACACUAUGUAAAAA